AUGUCAGAACGGAAAGUUUUAAACAAAUACUACCCACCUGACUUUGACUCAUCCAAGAUCCCGAAACUCAAGCUAUCCAAGGACCGGCAAUAUGUGGUACGGCUGAUGGCUCCCUUCAACAUGAGGUGUAAGACAUGUGGAGAAUACAUCUACAAGGGGAAGAAGUUCAAUGCACGGAAGGAAACAGUCCAGAAUGAGAAAUACCUGGGCCUGCCAAUCUUCCGAUUCUACAUCAAGUGCACUCGCUGCUUGGCCGAGAUCACCUUCAAGACAGACCCAGAGAACACAGACUACACCAUGGAGCACGGGGCCACGCGCAACUUCCAGGCUGAGAAGCUUCUGGAGGAGGAGGAGAAGCGCGUGCAGAAGGAGCGAGAGGAUGAGGAACUGAACAACCCCAUGAAGGUCCUAGAGAACCGCACAAAGGACUCUAAGCUAGAGAUGGACGUGCUGGAAAACCUGCAAGAACUUAAAGACCUGAAACAGCGGCAGGCGCACGUGGAUUUCGAGGCCAUGUUCCUGCAACACCGUCUGUCUCAGGAGCAGUGGCAACGGCAGCAGGAAGAGGAGGAUGUGCGUGAGACCGCGGCCUUGCUGGAGGAGGCUCGCCAUCGAAGGCUUUUGGAGGACUCCGACUCAGAGGAUGAGGCUCUACCUCCCCGACCACAAGCAGCUGCAAGACCCAACACCACAGCCAUCCUCGACAAGGUACCAAAGACCAAGAGGAAGGCAGGGGCCCUGUGCAGCAAAGCACAGUUGGCAGGCUUGGUUGUACCAAAGAAGAUAAAGACGGAAGCCAAUGGGGGCUCGGAGCAGGUCGGGGUGCCCGAGAGCAGGAAGGUGGCCAACCCUACACCCCAGACACCUGGUGCUUUCUCUCUGAGCCAGCUGCGUGCAUAUGGGGACAGUGAGGACAGUGACAGCUGA